AUGGAACGCCAGGCCAGGCUGGGGAAGAAGGUGAAUGCCAAUCUGCGGAAAAACCAGAUCUCCAUAAACCACUUGUUGGACUUCCAGCUGUAUAGAGAUCUGCCUGAGUACCAGAAGCUGCAGAGACCCAGACAGAGGAGACGGAGCUCUAAUGGGCCUAAGAAACAGCACUUGUUUCUCCACGGCAUGCGGUUUAUCAACGUGAACUACAAGUUUGUGUUGGACUACAGGAAAAACUAUAACGUGCAACAGAUUGACCCGAAUGUGCCCGUGGACACUGACGAUAUUCUCCGUAUCAUAGUACCCAAGGGCAAUGCAUGUCCGAUUUGUCUUCUGGAGGAUUUGACUGCUCCGCGGAUGAUCACGUCGUGUGGCCAUAUUUUGUGCUUGACGUGUUUGCUAUCGCUUUUGGAAAGCGAGGUUCCGGCUCUGAUGAAGAAAGAGAGCAAGGUGAUUGUGGAGAAGUACAAGGACUGCCCGUUGUGUGGGUCCAUCAUCCGGCAGAAGGACGUGAAGCCAGUGAAGAUCGAUAACGUGGAUGAGCGGUUCGAGGUGCCCAAGAUCAAGGACGAGGUGGUGCUUACAUUGAUGAGCAGACAGCCUCACCGGGUGUUUCCGUUGCCACGUAGCUUUGAAGAGCUCCAGGAAACCAUUGAUACGUUCCCGUGGGCAGCACAGCAGGAUCCAGAUCUAAGCCAGUAUCUGCGGUUCUUCAAGGGCGACCUAGCAUACCUCGUCAGCAUGUACGAGGCCGAAAGGGAGCAGAUAAAGGCAGCUUAUGAGGAGGAGAAGGAACUCUACCAGGACGACGGAAAGUACAUGCGAAUGGCACUUAAAAACAUCGACGACGAUCUUGCUCUUUGGUCAUCCAAGUUCAAUACGGACCUUCCUGACAAUGCAAAGGCUCACCAGGCCAACAAGUCGAACGGACAUGGCAAUACUUUCUACUACUACCAAACAGGUUUCAAGUCGUCCACGGUAUAUGUGCUUUCGCCUCUUGACAUCAAGGUGUUGAAGUCGAGCUACAACAACGACUACGCACAGCUACCCAGCUCGCUAAUAGCACAAGUCGAAAAUAUCAGGUACGAGGAGCUCAGCGCCGAGACGGCUCUCACCAAGUACAAAUACCUACUGCAUUUGCCCCAGGGCACAACCAUUGGCUUUCUCGAGUGCAAGUGGCAGAACAACGAGUAUAUCAGCAAAGAGACAUGGAACACGUUCAAGGGCGAUCUCACGAAACGAAGCAAACAGUCGAGCAAGAAGUUCCAUCUGGAGGAGUCCAAGAGACGCCGUGCGCUCAACGACGAAGAGAGACGUACCAGGGAAUUCUUCAAUCGUGAAAACAACCCACACGAGGAACACGACUGGAUGCCUCCUGCCAACUUUGGCAGUCUCAGCAUUUCGGAUUACCGUGACCUUCCAGCGCUCAGUGCCGAGUCUCAGGAUCCCGAAAGCUCCCCGGAGGAGCAGGAACGGCAAGAAGCUCAACGGUUGCAAAAAACAGUGUGGGGCACCAGCAUUCCACAUUCUGAAAUCCAAAGUCUCGAAGGCGAGGAAUCCUGGGACGCCGAGGAGAUGAUCCGUAAAGCAAGGGAGGAGAUGGAGAGACAGGAGGCCAGUGGCACGGGCAAGAAGAAAAAGAAGAAGAAGCUUAUCUUACUUUCUUCCACAUAG